GUGGUGGUCGCAGGAUGAGCCGGUGGCGACAGUGGGAAUCGUGGUGGUGAGGAGGAGCCAGGACGUGGCGAAUGACAGAGCCACGACUCGUUGCCCUUGGUCGACGUCGGCAUGCGUGGUGCCAUGGGCAGUGGCCAAUCCGAAACCACUUACGCACGGACGCCACGUUCUGCAGCCAGGAGUCGGAUCAUUCCGACCAGCAUUUUGCAAUCCACAACCUCAUGCGACGGCUUUCCAAACGUGCCACCGCCCAGAUGUUGGUCGACUUGGUCGCGCACCCGGACCCGCGGCACCACUUGGUCCAUCGCCCGCUCUUUCGCUCUAUGGCACCAAAGAUCGCAGUCCCCCAGAAACUCGUCCACAUCUCCAACGACCCCGACUACACCCACAUGAGUGUGGACGUGUUCCAGAACACGGGAUUUGCGAUCGGGGCAUCGCAUUUCAUCCAUUCGCUCCAGGGGGCGGGCAAGUACGAGAUCCUCGAAGUGUACGGCCACAAAGACAAGACGUUUACAACGAGUGUGGUUCAAUUUGGGGUCAACCUGUGUGGUCACGAAGGCGUGGGUACGAUGUUGUUAGUUGCUCCUGGAGUUGGAAUGACGUGGGUUCAUGGUAGUGCAUGGGGGGUGCAUCGCCACCGUCAUCGACGAGCUCUUUCAGUGGACUGCGUACUGGACAACAGGGCGCAUUGGGUACACGGCCAAUCUGAACGUCAAUUACCGACGUCCAUUGCCCGUCGAGCGCCCCGGCAUCCUCACGGCCGAGUUCGAAAAGAAAGACGGACGAAAGCUAUACAUGAAGGCGAGACUCGAGGAUGGCGACGGACACCUCUACACGGAAGCCACGACCCUCUUCUUACUGCCCAAGGACGCUGUCGCAGCCGACGAAGCCUAACGAACUCCAUCGAACCUGACUGCACCACCCCAACCAACAUGUCUAUCUAAAUGGCCAACCUCAGGAUCGAAGUUCCUCUUUAACUUGAAAUUUGAAUGGAAAUGAAAUGGCGAAAUUGAGCAAUAAAUAUUUAAAAACACCCACCAAAAUAUCCUCAAAAUUCA